AUGGUUAUCGAAAUUGUACAGUUGACACUUCUUGCAGAACUAUCUUAUCCAACCAAAGCCGAGCACUUACUAAAUUUAACAAUUAACGAUCAUCCAAAAUACAAAGAUGAAUUCACAAACGCUACAAAUUUUGAUAGUUAUUCUGUUCCCAGUUUAUAUUGUCGAUACACAAACAUUGCAAUUCUAAUAAUUCAAGUAAUUUUGAAUAUCAUUGAUCAAUUCUGGUUUUGGUAUUGUUCAAAAGCAUUCAGAUCAAUUUGCUUGUACAAAUAUGAAACCUUAAAUGUUUCUCAGCGUAAUUUUAUUUUUUAUAUAUUGAAAACUUAUAAAUUUCCAUGGAGUUGGAGGUAUGAUCUUCUUAUUGUUCUUGCAACACGCAGUCGACAGUUAUUUGAUUUGUCUAAAGUUACGGAAUGUCUCAGCAUACUUGAUUUAAUUAAUUCUCAGGAAACAGACAAUCAAGGUCCCGCACGCAAAGAUACCGAAAAACAGCAAGAACCUGAGAAAGAUAACAUAGAACGCAACCACACAUUCUCUGAAAUACAAACAAAAAUCAAUUGGUGCCUUGAGACUAUCAUUUUUAUUCUUACUGGUAUAGCUUAUUUUUAUCAAUCAAAUUAUGAAGAAUACGUCAAAUUAAAUAACGUUAACAAUGAACAAAUUAAGAACAUAAUAACUGACCUUGCAAAAGCUUCUGACAAAAAAUUAAAGUUCAUUAUUUCAUGUGUUUUGGCCGGAGGCAAAAUCCUUAUUAUAUUCUACCAAAUGGUUAUUUACUCUAUCGGACGUAGAAAAAUCAAGAAUAUUAUUUCAUCAUAUUAUGACAACAAAAAGAACAAAAAAGAGCAAGAUCUCAACAUAGUAUCACAAGAAAAUUUAAGAACGUUUGAUUUUACUUCAUUUCCACAUCGCGAGAGAUUGAUGUUGAUAAUUGAAUUGUAUAGCAUCAAAGGAGAGCACCAAAAAAUUCUGUAUGGAAUCAUGACUCCGAUGAUUGACGAAAAUAAGGAAAUUAUACCUGAACUUUUUAAACAGCUUCCUACAAAAAAGGAAUCAAUUCCACAGGAUACAUUAACAAGUGAGAUAUCAAAAACCUGA